AAUUAGGAGAGUACUACUGAGUUAAUCUUGUUUAAAGAAAAUAAAACAAUAUAAAAACCCUCCAAAAGAAAAAAAAUAGUGUAUAUUUUCUAUUUUUAAUUUAGUUUUGCCUUUUUUUUCAUCUGUGGCUUAUAAAAUUGGGCAAAAUUAAAAUUGAGGAGCUAAAAUCAAUAAUGGCGUCCUGUGCUUUAACUCUCUGCAAUUGGGCAUUGCGUGAUUGAAGGAAGAUCCAUACUUGAAGCUGUGGGCUAAUCUAUAUAUUGGCAAACUACUGUUGUUGCUACAAUUAGCUUUUUUUCUCCCACAAAGAACAGUUAUUAUGGAAUGUAAUAAAGAAGACGCCCUCAGAGCUAAGGAGAUGGCAGAGGAGAAGCUCCGUGACAGAGAUAUUUCUGGGGCGAAGAAAUUUGCAACGAAGGCUCAGAGCCUCUAUCCUGGGCUUGAUGGUCUUUCUCAAUUUCAGGCUACCCUUAAUGUGUAUCUAUCUGCUGAGAAAAGAAGAAAUGGAGAAAUAGAUUGGUAUCGAGUCCUAGGUAUAGAACCGCCAGCUAAUGAUGACACAAUACGGAGGCAUUACAAGAAGCUGGCCAUCAUUCUUCAUCCCGAUAAAAAUAAAUCAGUUGGUGCUGAAGGGGCUUUUAAGCUUCUAUCUGAUGCGUGGGGACUGUUGUCUGAUAAAGCAAAGAGAAGUGCCUAUGAUCAGAAGCUGAAUUUGUGCGAUUAUCGUAAAGUUCCAAAUUAUAAUCCAGUAGCGCCAACUGGUCAGAAUAGUUUUCGUAAUUUCAUUAACAAUAAUAAGUCAGCUUCAACAACUCUUCAGAACACUGAGAUGCAUCCAAAGCGCACUCCGCCUCCUCAUUUCUCUAAGGCUAACACUUUUUGGACAAUCUGCAAUUUUUGUCAAACACAGUUUCAGUACCUGAGCAAUUAUCGGAACCAGAACCUUCUUUGCCAGAACUGUCGCAAGUCCUUUCUUGCUGUUGAGGUGCCACCCCCACCUAUUGAUGGCAAUGCUCCAAUUGGCACUUGGGCUUCUUACACUCGAGGAAAGAAUUCUACUCAGCUUACAAGAGCUGACAAAUCUUUUACAGGAAAGGAGCCGGUUACUAAGACAAAUAUGCAACCUGCAGCACAUUCUGGCGCGUCUGCUAAAGCAGGCAGUGCUAGAAGUAUUCCGUCAUUUUAUCCUAAAAAUGGUAUGGGAGAGGAUUCUCUGCAAAGGAAAGCUCACACUUCUAAGGAAGCAGGUGCAGGUGUUUGUGUAGCUGGUGGUGUUUCUAUACCAAAAAUAGAUAGGCUGAAGAAGAAAAGGCGCAUAUAUGAACAUACGAUGAACUAUACAAAUCAAGUGGCAAGCGGAAAUGUAGGACCUGGUGAUUCUGGUACAAAACAAGGUACAUGUGAAACCGGACGAAGAAACAUUUCCCAAAAUCAUAUAUUUAAUCAGAUGAGAGAAUUGUCACAGCUAGAACUGCGAAACAUGUUGAUGGAGAAGGCGAAAAAGGAUAUUUGCGUGAAGCUGAAGGAUUGCAGGAUUCCUUUUGCUGUGUCAAACACCCUGGAGAAAAAGAUGGAGAAGAAUGAGAAAGAAAAUAAAAAGCAUCUCGUAAAUGGCACAAAAGCUGAUGUAAACAAAGGCUUGGUAGAUGCAAAGACUAGAGCUAAAACUGAGCUAUUGCUUGCCCAUUCAAAUGAUGAUCCUGAUACUAAUGGUGCUGAUAAAGUAUCAAUGACUGUUCCAGAUCCAGAUUUUCAUGAUUUUGACAAGGAUCGUACAGAAAAGUCAUUUGGUGAUAACCAGGUUUGGGCUGCAUAUGAUGAUGAUGAUGGGAUGCCUCGUUAUUAUGCUAUGAUUCACAAUGUAAUAUCACGGAAACCUCUCAGAAUGCGAAUCAGUUGGCUUAAUACUAAAAACAAUCGCGAAUUGGCACCAUUAAAUUGGAUUGGUUCUGGUUUUUUCAAGACCAAUGGAGACUUCUGGAUAGGUAAGCAUGAAAUUAAUAGGUCCCUUAAUUCUUUUUCGCACAAGGUUACGAAAUGGGCAAAGGGCACAAGAGGGACAGUUCGAAUUUAUCCGACAAAGGGAGACGUGUGGGCACUGUAUAGGAAUUGGUCAUCCAAGUGGAACGAGCUGACCCCAGACGAGGUGAUUCAUAAGUAUGAUAUGGUGGAAGUGCUUGAAGACUUCAAUGACGAGAAGGGUGUGAUUGUUGCUCCUCUUGUUAAAGUUGCUGGUUUUAAGACAGUGUUUCGCAAGCAUCCGGACUCUAGUAAAUACAAGGCAUUUCCAAGAGAGGAGCUGUUUAGGCUUUCUCACCGGGUCCCUUCCUACUUUCUUACCGGUCAAGAAGGUCGUAAUGCUCCCAAGGAUUGCUGGGAACUCGAUCCUGCAUCUAUGCCUAUGGAAUUACUUCAAGUUUUAACAGAAGUUCAGGUGAAAGAAAUGAUGGAGAACAUCGAAAAGGCUACGGAACUACAACUGAAGGAAAGCGGUGAAAAAACUAAGGAAGGAGAUCACGCGGACAAUGUUGCUAAAGAAAACGCAGAACAAGUGAGGAACGAUAAGGAUAACGUAUCCAUAGAAGAACCAAUAAUCGUUUACAAAAGGCGUCGAGAAAAAAAUUAGAUCGUAACAGUUGUAGUUGGAAAAUAAAAGAUUUCGGUAAAUCGACACAGAAAGUGAAACAAUAGUUGCAGUCAUUCAUACAGUGGUGGGUUAUAGUUUUGUUAAUUAUAGCCGUGGGGUUGAUUCAGCUGCAUAUCUCCAGCAAGAAGAUUGAUUGGAAGGCUGAGUUUGCACAGAAGGUACUGAGUAGGUAGAAGCUUAACAUUUGUAUGUAGGCUAAAUUCAUUUUUGCUGCAGUACCCACCAUGCUUUUUAGUUCUGUUCUUUUGAAUACCUCUUGAAAAGAAUGUUUUUGCAGCUAGCCAAUUUUGUGCCUUAGGUGCUGCACAUCUUAUAAAGGCUUUACAAUCUUAAUUCUGGAAAUAGAGAAAUUUAGACAGCUUUUAAAUUAGUUUCUGUUUUCUGUAUUUUAAGUGUUUAAGUUGAAUGUAAUCUCCUUCUGUUCCUUGUCUCUAA